GUUUUUACCCAAACCUUGGGUGGGCAUAUGUAAUUCGCUCUUUAUCCAAUGGAAAAGCUUUAGCGUUUCCCCUCUGUACGAGAACAAAUCAACAUUCACAUACGCUUAGACUUAAGCGGACGAAUCCCGUCGUAAUAUAACAAAACCUAGCUGGUUGUUGCAUCUGGGUCAUCGAGAGAGCGGAAAAAAUGGGCAGCAGAGAAGGGGAACUUCAUGUAGCAGCCAGGUCCGGUGACCUGAAAUCUGUGCAGCUGAUACUCAGCUCUAACCCUUUGUCCCUCAACUCCAGAGAUAAGCAUUCCAGAACUCCACUACAUUUAGCUGCAUGGGCUGGGCAUACAGAAGUAGUGAGUUAUCUCUGCAAGCAAAAAGCAGAUGUUGGUGCUGCUGCCAUGGAUGAUAUGGGUGCAAUUCAUUUUGCAUCCCAAAAGGGCCAUUUGGAAGUUGUCCGGGCUCUAGUUUCUUUCGGUGCCUCUGUUAAAGCUCUCACACGCAAGGGCCUAACUCCACUUCACUAUGCUGUUCAAGGGUCUCAUCUAGAUCUUGUUAAGUACUUGGUUAAGAAAGGUGCUAGUCUUGGUGCCAAGACAAAAGCUGGGAAAACACCUCUUGAUCUUGCACGUAGCGAAGAAAUCCGCUCCUUUUUGGAAGAAUGGGAACAUUCAUCUAAGAAAGGAAAUUUGAAUCCUAAAGAGAAUGCUGAAGGAACUGAUCCAAAGCAACCACUUCUGGAAAACCCAGAGAAUUCUGGUGGUGAAGUUGCUGCUCCCGGCACUGAUGAAAAACAGGGGGAAGCCAGUCUGAAGAGAAAGAGUGGUGAGCAUGAUAUUGAGGAAGCCUCAUCAGAACCAAAGAAGACAAAAGUAGCUCUUAAGCAUCUGCUGACUGCAGACGACACUCAAGAGGAUGAAGAAUCAUAGUAAUAGAACAGAAGAGUAAUUUAAGAAUGACUGUCCCAGUAGAGUAAUGGAGCAUCAUGAAACUCAUAUGCUUGAUUAGUUAGGAUGAUGUAGAUUUUACACAUCAUAAAAUAGCUAAUAUCUUUUUUGUCC